AUGGAGGCCAUCGAGCUGGUCCCUCCUCGUGCAGCAGAGGCCAGUACUUCACCGUUCCGAGGAAGGAUGAGGCCCUCAUUAACCAACAGUGAUAUCAUGUUUGUGAAGAUUCAUGCGCCGUGGGACACGCUGUGUAAAUAUGCUGAGCAGAUGAACAUUAGAAUGCCCUUCAGGAAAAAGUGUUACUUCACAGACUGGAAGAAAAAAACUAUGGGCAGCCGAUUUCAGUUGAGAUUUCGUCAGCUGAAGAGCUGGCUGCCCAGAAACCCCAUGAAACUGGAUAAAGAGGCGUUACCAGACCUGGAGGAAACCGACUGCUACACCGCCCCCUUCAGCAGGGCCAGAAUGCACCAUUUUACCAUCAACAACAGAGAGACGUUUUUCUCAAACUCAACUAGAAGCAGAAUAGUACAUCAUGUACUACAGCGUACGAAGUACGAGGACGGGAAGUCUAAGAUGGGUAUUAAUCGGUUACUUGGCAACAGCACAUAUGAGGCAGCAUUUCCUCCACAUGAGGGAAGUUAUAAAAGCAGACAUCCAAUUAAAACCCAUGGAGCUCAAAACCACAGACACCUUCUGUACGAAAGAUGGGCGCGCUGGGGGAUCUGGUACAAAUACCAGCCUCUAGACCUCAUAAGGCGGUACUUCGGGGAGAAGAUUGGGCUGUAUUUUGCCUGGUUGGGCUGGUAUACAGGUAUGCUGAUCCCUGCUGCUCUAGUCGGCCUCUUCGUCUUCCUCUAUGGGCUUUUCACCAUGGACUCCAGCCAAGUAAGUAAAGAGAUCUGUGAGGCCAACACCACUAUCAUGUGCCCCAUGUGUGAAGGCAACUGCAGCUCUUGGACACUGAGUGAUAGUUGUGUCUAUGCAAAGGUGACCCAUCUUUUUGACAAUGGAGGCACAGUCUUCUUUGCUAUCUUCAUGGCAAUAUGGGCCACGGUAUUCCUUGAGUUCUGGAAGAGGAGAAGGGCGGAGCUAACCUACGACUGGGAUUUGAUUGACUGGGAGGAAGAGGAGGAGGAGCUACGGCCCCAGUUUGAAGCCAAAUACUCCCGGAAGGAGAGAGUAAACCCCAUCUCAGGGAAACCAGAGCCCUUCCAGCCCUUCACAGACAAACUCAGCCGACUCAUGGUGUCUGUUUCAGGAAUCUUUUUCAUGAUCUCUCUGGUCCUGACAGCUGUGUUUGCCGUGGUGGUGUUCCGGCUCAUUGCCAUGGAGAAGUUUGCUUCCUUUCAGUGGGAGUUUGUGAAGAAGAACUGGCAGUUCGCCACCUCAGGCACUGGAGUCUGCAUCAACUUCAUGAUCAUCAUGUCUCUGAAUGUGGUCUAUGAGAAAGUGGCCUACCUACUUACAAACCUGGAACACCCACGGACAGAAUCAGAAUGGGAAAACAGCUUUGCCCUCAAGAUGUUUCUCUUCCAGUUCGUCAAUCUCAACAGCUCGACCUUCUACAUAGCUUUCUUUUUAGGAAGGUUUGCUGGCAGGCCGGGUGACUAUAAUAAGCUGUUUAACCGGUGGAGGAUGGAGGAGUGUCAUCCCAGUGGUUGUCUGAUUGACUUGUGCCUACAGAUGGGAGUGAUUAUGGUGUUGAAACAGAUCUGGAAUAACUUCAUGGAGCUCCGUAAACCCAAGAUGCUGCUGCAGAACUGGUGGUCCCGGCGUAAGAUGAAACGAGCAGGAGAGCAGAAUAACAGUAAAGAACAGCUGCCGCAGUGGGAUAGAGACUGGAACCUGCAGCCCAUGAACGCACACGGCCUGGUGGACGAGUACCUGGAGAUGGUUCUGCAGUUUGGUUUCACUACAAUCUUUGUGGCGGCGUUUCCUCUGGCUCCUCUGCUUGCUCUGCUCAAUAACAUCAUCGAGAUCCGAUUAGACGCCUACAAGUUUGUCUCGCAGUGGAGAAGACCGAUGCCUGCCCGCGCUACUGACAUUGGAAUCUGGCAUGGUGUCCUGGAGGGAAUUGGAGUUGUGGCUGUCAUAACAAAUGCCUUCGUCAUUGCCAUCACUUCAGAUUACAUCCCUCGCUUUGUCUAUGCUUUUAAAUAUGGGCCCUGUGUGGACAAGGGUUACCGGCAUGAGAAGUAA